AAAUUCUCAAUAUUAUAUCCAAUUCAACUAUAAAAGUCAUAACAAAUGAAAUUAGGACAUGUGGAAAGUAUUCAUUAAUGUGUGAUGAGGCACGUUCAUUUAAAGAAGAACAAUUGAGUUUGUGUGUGAGAUAUUGUAAUGGAUUUGAAGUAUGUGAACGUUUUAUAAAAUUUAUUGAUUGCUCUCAGUCAAGGGAUGCAGAAAGUUUAAAAAAUAUUAUUAUAAAUGAACUGAAACAAUUAGAAAUAGCUGACAUACCCAUUGUUGCACAAACAUAUGACGGUGCUAGCGUGAUGUCAGGCACUGUUGGAGGACUACAGGCUAAGAUUAGAGAAAAAUACCCAACUGCUGUAUACUUUCAUUGUGCAGCACAUAAGCUAGCCUUGGUGGUUACAGACACAUGUAAACAUAUAAGAAGUUCAAUAACUUUUUUUAAUUUAUUAGAAAUGCUUUAUAUUCAUUUUUCUCAACCAUCCAGCCACAGUACAUUUAUUCAAAUGCAAAAAAAAUUGGGAUUAAAACCACAUGAACUUACACAGCUAAGUACUACUAGAUGGGCAUGUAGGUACAAAAAUUGCCAUAACKUUAAAAUUAAUUAUGAAUCAAUAAUAAAUGCAUUAGAAGAAGAAAUAAAUAAUAAUAAAAAUAAAUAUGCUGUCGAAGCUGUUGGCCUUUUAAAGGGAAUAAAAAAAGUAGAAUUUAUUUUUAAUUUAUUCGUAUUUCAUGACAUUUUAUUAACAAUUGAUCUAUUAAGUCAAACAUUACAAAAAAAAGAUAUGACAUUAGGACAAGCAACUUCAGCAAUUAAUGGUGUAAUACAAACUUUACAAGAAAAAAGGUCUGAUAAGAAUUUUAAACUAUUGUGGGAUGAUAUCACAAACUUUUCAAGAAAAAUGAAAACUAGGUUUUCUAAUGAAAGUCAAAAAUUGGCAAAAUCUAUUGAUAACUUUUUUAUACUUAAUUUUGAUGGUUCAUUARAAUUCAUUGAAUAUUAUAGUGAUAACUUGAAAAUAAAAAAAGAUAUAUUAAAAGCUGAAAUGAUGAUUGUAAAUAAUUAUUUAAAUUCCCAAAUCAAAAAUUGGACUAUUCAAGAUUUAUUCUCAACAGUUACAUUAGAACUGUAUCCUAAUUUAUAUAAUUUGUUACAAGUGGCACUAAGUAUACCAGUAAGCUCAGCUUCAUGUGAGCGAUCCUUCUCAGCUAUGAGAAGGAUUAAAAAUUGGUUAAGGACUACUAUGAUUCAAAAUCGAUUCAGCAAUUUGGCAAUAAUACACAUAGAAAAUGAAUUAGUAAAGACAUCAAUUGAAUCAAAACAAAUUCUUGAAGACUUUGUCAAAUGUGGUUCAAGAAGAAUUCAGUUAACAAUUUAA